ACAAAUGACAAAGGAUAAUGAAACUUUCCUUUGGUUCACGGUUACAUCAUUUGGCGAUGGCGGCGACAUCGGGAGCGAAGAUUACGGCGACUGAGCCACCGAAGAUAGUUUGGAACGCGGGGAAACACCGAUUCGAAACCGAAGAUCACGAAGCUUUCAUCGACUACAAGCUGAGAAACGACGGAAAAGUAAUGGAUCUGGUCCACACCUACGUCCCUUCCUCAAAACGAGGGUUAGGUUUAGCUUCCCUCCUCUGCGUCGCCGCCUUCGAACACGCUUCCUCUCACUCCCUCUCCGUCAUCCCUUCCUGCUCAUACGUUUCCGACACGUUUCUUCCUAGAAACCCAACGUGGAAGCCUCUGGUUCAUUCGGAGGAUCUUAAGUCUAGCAUCUGAAGUAAGACUCGUUUUAACAUUAUUGUUAAGUUUGUGUUUCAGUGUCAGUUGUUGGUUGUGUAAUCUUCAAAACCUUGUACUCAGAUGUAAUGAAUCUGUAAUAAUAAAGUCUUUGAAUGUCUUAAUAUGACAAAAAUAAUCGUUGAUUGAUUG